ACACAACAACAAACGAGAGCGAGGCAGCAGCUGGGAGAGAAGGCGACGCGCAGCGACACAGACGGAGCUUUUCUGUCCACAUCGAUGGAGCUUUUCUCCGCUGCAGAGGCGCAAAAGUGACGGAGAGGAAUCCGUGGGAAUCAUGGCUAAACACCAGGAAGUAGAGCACAUCGCCAAACACCUGGAAAAAAUGGUGCACAAGAAGAAAACGGAUGGAGCCCUCGACCUACUGAGGGAACUGAAGAACAUGAAAAUGUCUCUGGAGACUCUGCAGUCGACCAGAGUCGGGAUGUUGGUGAAUGCUGUGAGAAAACAGAGCUCGGACGAGGAAGUUCAGACUCUGGCUAAGGCUCUGAUCAAGUCCUGGAAGAAACUGCUUGAUGGCUCUGAGCGGAAGUGUGAUGACAAAGAGAAGCAGAAGGACGCAUCUCCUGUCGGCUCCACAUCCACCGACCAGAGCUUGGUGAAGUCCGAGGAGCCCCCUGUGGUCCCCCCCACCCCCACCCACUCCUCCCGACCCACCUCCUUCCCUCCGGCCCCCGUCACCACCGACAACGUUAGGAACAAGUGCAGAGAGCUGCUGGUGGCGGCGCUGCAGACGGACGACGACCACAGAACCAUUGGAGUUGACUGUGUGCACCUCGCGGCGCAGAUUGAAGAUCAGAUCUUCCAGGAAUUUAAGUCAACAGACAUGAAAUAUAAAGCUCGCCUACGAAGCCGCAUCUCCAACCUGAAGGACCAGAAGAACCCGGAGUUACGGCGCAACGUGCUGUGUGGGAACAUCUCAGCCCAGCGCAUCGCCUCUAUGACGGCCGAGGAAAUGGCGAGUGCGGAGCUGAAACAGAUGAGAGAAGCUCUGACUAAAGAGUCCAUCAGAGAACAUCAGCUGUCGAAGGUCGGAGGAACCGAGACUGACAUGUUCAUCUGCAGCAAGUGUCGUGGAAAGAGCUGCACAUACACACAGGUCCAAACCCGCAGCGCUGAUGAGCCCAUGACCACAUUCGUGCUGUGUAACAGCUGUGGAAACCGGUGGAAGUUCUGUUGAACAGCACCGUCCACGUUCCUGGAGUGAAAUGUGUUUACUUUUGUAUAAUUUCUUUUUAUAUUUAAAACAAACAGCUGUAGUACGUUUGGAUCGUGUUGUGCAUUGGUUUACUUUGUCUUGUACAGAGCACUUGGUUGUUGUUUUUUUUUUCUUGCUGGACGAAGCUAUAAGCCAAAUUAGAACCACAUUUGGGCCUCGCAGGAACAGCGACUGUUCCUUCCUUCUUUUGCUGUGUCUUGCUGUCUUGCUGUGCUGACAUAUUUUGACCUUAACAUUUCUAUUAAAGUUGCUCUUGGCUUAAGAUCCCA